AUGACUGAAAAAAGAAGUGGUAGUAAUAGAUCUUUUGGUGUUGGUUCAAAUCGUGGAGCUAGAAGUAGUGGAAAUAAUAAUAAUGGUACUAUGAGACGUUCAGGUGGACCAAUCAGAAAUUCAAGAACACAAACUAGACAUCGACCAUAUAGUUCUUCAGCUGCAACAGCUAACAUCAACUCUAUAACUGAAGGAAAAAUUUUAGUUUCUAACCUAGCUUUUAAAGUCUCUGAGGCAGAUCUUUGG